AUGUUUGUUCGACUGUGGAUUGCAGCUGCAACCCUGCUAGGUGCCUCAUUCGCCUCAUCGGAUGGAGACGACGUUGUCAAGAGGAGUAGCGCGAGCGAUAUUCUCUCCGACAUUGAAAAUGCAGUGACCUGCAGCAGUUGUGAGGCUCUACUUGGUAUCUUGCAGGGGUUGGCCCACCUGGGAAAUGAUGCAUUUGUGGAUGUGAUCACCGAUGUUUGCGUCUUGGCUGGGGUCGAGGAUAAGGAUGUCUGCGAGGGAGCGAUCGGUCUUGAAGGACCGAUUCUCGCACACGACCUCCGGAACAUGGACAUCCCAUCCACGACUGCAGUCCUUUUCUGCUCAACUGUUUUUGGUCUUUGUGAUUUUCCAGACGUGACCGAGUAUACGGUUGAAUUUCCUUCUGUUAAGCCCGCGAAUGCAUCCCGGCCAUCUCCCAGCGGUCAAACUCCUCUUCAAAUUGUCCACAUCAGUGACAUCCAUGUUGAUCUUUCCUAUGAAGUUGGUGCAAACUAUAAUUGCACAAAGAAUAUCUGCUGUCGACCAUACACCGCUGCCGAUGCUCCAGGAAAUACAAGCUACCCUGCAGGUGAAUAUGGAAACUCAAAGUGCGACUCGCCUCUGAGUUUAGAGGAAAGCAUGUAUAAAGCCAUUGAGCAGUUGGUCCCUGAUGCAAACUUCACUAUCUUUACCGGCGAUGUAGUCGAAGGUGCUGUCUGGCUGGUCAAUGAAACCGAGGUUACAAAUGACCUGAACGAUGCCUACAACAAACGGAUGCCAUCCUAUCUCAAUAAGGUGUAUGGUGUUGUUGGCAACCAUGACGCGGCACCUGUCAACUCUUUCCCGACCGCUGCUAUCGAUACCACUAUAUCCAGCCAAUGGGUCUACGAUACUCUUUCUUCUGCCUGGAGUAAGUGGAUUGGAUCAACGGCAGCGACAGUGGCAGACAACUAUGGCGCAUACUCGGUGAAACACCCAGGUAGUAAUCUGCGAAUCAUCUCUUUCAACACCAAUUUCUACUACAAGGAGAACUUUUGGCUGUAUGAAAAGACCAUGGAAACGGACCCCAAUGGUCAAUUGAGAUGGUUGGUCACGGAGCUUAGUGCAGCGGAGGCGGCUGGCGAGCGCGUUUGGCUUCUAGGACACAUGCCGAUGGGCUCUGGAGAUACCCUUCAUGAUGGAUCGAACUACUUCAACCAGAUCAUUCAACGUUACGACGCGACUAUUGCCGGAGCAUUUUACGGUCACACACACAAAGACGAAUUUGAACUCUCAUACUCCAAUUAUACCGCUAAAUCUGCCAAAACCGCGAACGUGAUGUCUUAUAUCGCCCCGGCCUUGACCCCAACUUCUGGCAAUCCCACCUUCCGCGUAUACUCGGUCGACCCGGUGACUUUUGGAGUGCUGGAUUACACCGUUUACAUCACAAAUAUGUCGAGCCCGGAUUACCAGACAAAUCCAGUUUGGGAAAAAUAUUACUCUGCGAAGGAAACAUACGGCUCGCUUCUUGAGCCUGCCGUGACCGACUCUGCCGCGGAACUCACUCCCGCAUUCUGGCACAACGUCACCACACUGUUUGAAAAUGAGGAUUCAGUGUUCCAGGACUAUAUCGCGCGCAAGACUCGAGGAUGGGAAGUUGAGUCGUACAGAGGAAAUCUGCCAACUCAGGCCGGCGAGUCGCAAUACAAUUGCGUGACUGUCUCGCCAGGCAUAAAUUUCAAAAAGCGAGAUAUCGGUAGUACUGCCAAGCAUCAAGAGCAUGCCUGUGGUCAGUCGACUAUGACGGGUAUUUUUGCCGACAUCGAGAAGGGCAUGUCGGCACUCAAGUCAUCCAUGAAGAAGAGGAAUCUGUGA